CAGGGCGGGCGCGAUUCCGCUGCAAACUCCGGCGCUGCCGCCGCCGAUCGGACUCCGGGCCGCGGUGGGCGCCGUGCGCGGCGAGGACCCGCAGCCUCCGCGCGCCCCGAGGACGCCGCCGGCGCGAGGGUCGCGGCGCCCCGCAGAGCCCGAGCCGAGUGGAGCCCGGCGCCCGGCGGCCCGGCCGCGGCGGCAUGGGGGCGCCCCCGCGGCGCCCCGCGCUGCCCGCCACCGCCUCGGCCGGCGGCUGGAAGCAGGAGCGCGCCUGAGCCCAUGGCGAAGGGACCCACCGCCGCCGCCGCCCAGCCACCGCCGCCAGCUCCCGGGCACCAUGCGAGCCGCCCCGAGUCUCCGCGGCGGCGUCUGCCUGCUGCUCGCCGCGAUCCUGGACCUGGCGCGCGGUUACCUGACCGUUAACAUUGAGCCUCUGCCCCCUGUGGUGGCUGGGGAUGCGGUGACCUUGAAGUGUAAUUUCAAGACUGACGGUCGCAUGCGUGAGAUCGUGUGGUACCGGGUGACGGACGGCGGCACCAUCAAGCAGAAGAUCUUCACCUUCGACGCCAUGUUCUCCACCAACUACUCGCACAUGGAGAGCUACCGCAAGCGGGAGGACCUGGUGUACCAGUCCACCGUCAGGCUGCCGGAGGUCCGGAUCUCAGACAACGGUCCCUACGAGUGCCAUGUGGGCAUCUACGACCGGGCCACCAGGGAGAAGGUGGUGCUGGCCUCGGGCAACAUCUUCCUCAACGUCAUGGCUCCUCCCACCUCCAUUGAAGUGGUGGCCGCGGACACGCCCGCCCCCUUCAGCCGCUACCAAGCCCAGAACUUCACACUGGUCUGCAUCGUGUCCGGAGGGAAGCCAGCGCCCACGGUCUACUUCAAACGGGACGGGGAACUCAUCGAUGCAGUGCCGCUGUCCGAGCCGCCGGCUGCAAGCUCCGGCCCCCUGCAGGACAGCAGGCCCUUCCGCGGCCUCCUGCACCGCGACCUGGACGAAACCAAAAUGCAGAAGUCACUGUCCCUCCUGGACGCAGAGAACCGGGGCGGGCGUCCUUCCACGGAGCGCCCCUCCCGCAGCCUGACCCCGGAUCCCAGCCUGCUCCUGCAGCCGACCACCGAGAACGUCCCGGAGACCGUCGUGAGCCGCGAGUUCCCCCGCUGGGUGCACAGCGCGGAGCCGAUCUACUUCCUGCACCACAGCCGCGCCCCGGGCAGCGACGGCACCGUGGAGGUGCGCGCCCUGCUCACCUGGACGCUCAACCCGCAGAUCGACAACGAGGCCCUCUUCAGCUGCGAGGUCAAGCACCCGGCGCUGUCGAUGCCCAUGCAGGCAGAGGUCACGCUGGUGGCUCCCAAAGGACCCAAAAUCAUGAUGACGCCCAGCAGGGCCCGGGUGGGGGACACGGUGAGGAUCCUGGUCCAUGGAUUUCAGAACGAAGUCUUCCCGGAGCCCCUGUUCACGUGGACACGGGUGGGGAGCCGCCUGCUGGACGGCAGCGCGGAGUUCGCGGGGAAGGAGCUGGUGCUGGAGCGCGUGCCCGCCGAGCUGAAUGGCUCCAUGUACCGCUGCACGGCCCAGAACCCGCUGGGCUCCACCGACACGCACACGCGGCUCAUCGUCUUCGAAAACCCAAAUAUUCCCAGAGGAACGGAGGACUCCAAUGGUUCUGCUUCCGGCCCUGCCGGCGUCCGGCUCACCUUGGUGCUCGCCCUGACAGUGGCCCUGGAGCUGACGUGAAGGCGCCCCCUGGCCUGAGCUCGUCUGGCACUGAUAUCUCUGCGACCGGGUUUCAUUCCUUUUCUAAACUAUUUCCAGUCUCGUUCUUAGUCUCUUUCUGUCUGUGUCUUGGCUUCUUCAAUCGGUUUAAUUAAAACAAACAGACCAAUUUUCCCCA